UUCUUUUCUAACUCCCAAACACAAUCUGAAACAAAUCCAAUGAUUUUUUUAUUGUUAUUCAAUGCAAUUUUCAAGUUUCAACCCUACCCCCUACCUCCUACCCACCCCACCCCACCCCCCACACCACAUCAAAAGCAAAGAAUCCAGCAAAGAGGUUCAAGUUGGCACUACACUAAAAGUAGGGGUUUUUGCCCCUUGGCAGUCAUUUUUUCUACUGCCCUUCACCACUACCAUAGAAAGAGCUCCCAACAAGAAGGGAACAACACUAAACCUGCACACCCUCUUCAAAUACAUCCAUCUUUAUCCAGCCUACAGAACAAAGAAAUACCCAUCUUCCCUGGUGUAUACACCGUAUAAGUAUAGACCUUAACUGGGUUUAUGGAUAGGAGAACCCCACCUGGGAAUUUUUUCCAGUAUGCUCCAACUGGAGGCAAUGGUUCACUCCAGAGGUAUUUGGCAGACCUAUUGGCAGAGAGAAACAAACUAGGGCCAUUUGUACAGAUUCUGCCAGUUUGUAACAGACUUCUUAAUCAAGAGAUCAUUAGAGUAUCUGGGAUGAUAUCUAACCAUGUUGCAGAACUCGAAAGAUUGGGACAUGGCCAUAUGUACCGAUCAAUGGGUGAACCCCUUAAUGGGGGACAUAUGAAUAUGCCGGCAUGGAAUGUCAUGCGAGCUGAGGACAGGGGAAAUAGGAAGUUAGAGCUGUGGAAGGACACGUUAGAGUCGAAAGGCUUCAGACUUAGUAGGACGAAGACCGAGUACAUGACGUGCGCUUUCAGCAUGGCUACUCAUGAUGAUGGUGACGUUAGCCUUGACGGGAAAGUGGUGGCCAAGAAGGAGACUUUCCGGUAUUUAGGAUCAAUGCUACAAAAGGAUGGAGGCAUUGAUGCUGAUGUUAGGCAUAGAAUUGCAGCCGAGGGUGCCACAAAAGCUAAAAGGCACACAAGAAGGGAUAGAAUCCGAAAUGAGGAUAUUCGAGAUAGGGUCGGGGUGGCUCCAAUUGAGGAGAAAUUGGUUCAACAUUGGCUGAGGUGGUUCGGACAUGUCCAACGAAAGCCUCCUGAUGCACCGGUGCGUAGGGGAGUUCUACAGCGGGUCGAGGAUGUAAAGAGAGGUAGAGGUCGGCUUAAACUUACUUGGGAAGAGUCGGUUAAGAGAGACCUUAAAGAUUGGAAUAUCUCCAAAGAUUUAGCGGAGGAUAAGCUCCGACAGAAAAUGGCUCCAUUUCAUCCAUCCCCUUUAAACUGGCACGUGGUCCCAGGGACACCCACAACCCCAGUCAUGAAGAAGGUUAUCCGACUAGACAUUCCCGUGGAGAAGUAUCCAAAUUAUAAUUUUGUAGGUAGAAUUCUAGGACCUCGCGGGAACUCAUUGAAAAGAGUUGAGGCCAUGACAGAGUGUCGAAUUUAUAUAAGGGGUCAGGGGUCUGUGAAGGAUUCGAUUAAGGAAGAGAAGCUGAGAGAUAAACCUGGAUACGAGCACUUAAAUGAGCCCCUCCAUCUCUUGGUAGAGGCCGAGUUUCCCGAGGAUAUAAUAGACGUGCGUUUGGAUCAUGCAAUGGCAAUACUUGAGAACCUUCUAAAACCUGUGGACGAGUCCAUGGAUGUUUACAAGAAGCAGCAGCUAAGGGAGUUGGCCAUGUUAAAUGGCACUUUCAGGGAAGAAAGCCCGAGCAUGAGCCCAAGAAGUAACUUUGUCUGCUACUUAUUUAGCUGCAAUAAUGUUGAUUUUUGUGCCUCACUCUUUUUGGAUGGUUGUGAAAUUUUGGUUACAAUUUACAAUCUAUCAUUAGGUUGUGUUGUGGAACUCCUGCAUUUGCUUUCGCCAUCGAGCAGUAGCUUCGGGCUUUCAGAUCUGGCGUCGGUUCUAGCUAGCCGUUUCCAUGGAGUUUUUAGUUUCGGGGUCCGAUUCUGUUGCGCUUUGGGCCCUGUUUGUGGUCUUGUUAUUUGUGGUUGUUGGCUUCGUUCCGUUUGGGUUUGUUGUGUGUCGCUGGUUAUAGUUGGGGAGGUAGUAGUUUAUAGUUAG